AUGACUCGGAGCGCCUUAAAAAACUUCCUCAUGUUGUUGUCAAUGCUGCCCGGUCUGCCACUGGCCGGCGUUGCCUACGCGGCGACUUCCACGGCGCCCGCAACAUCAACGGCGCCUACUUUAGGCAGUGAUUCCUACCGAUCGAGUUCGGGACUCAUCGUGGGCGGGGGCUCGGCGUACGACUACGCGCCGAGCAUCAUGGUGGACGGCGCAUACAAGAUGUGGUGGUGCGGCCAGGUCCCUGGACAGCAAGUCCCCGGCGACAGCAUUCUAUACGCAGAGUCCUCCAGCCUGGAUGGCAUGUUCCACGCGCGGGGCAGCUCCGCGCCUCACCAAGUAGUGUUCGGGGGAACCGGCAACGGAAGCUUCGACAACGAGCACACUUGCGACCCUUCAGUUGUGCGUGUCAGCGGCACAUACUAUCUGUAUUAUGGUGCUGAGCGGCACGACGGUGAGCCGACCACGAUUGGUAUUGCCUCUAGUCCCGACGGAAUCAGCUGGACUCGGCUCAACAACGACCAGCCGAUCAUCACCCCGGCGAACCAGCAAGACACGGGGAACAACUACGGUGCGGGUCAGCCGAGCGUAAUCUACCGCAACGGCUACUUCUACGUGAUGUUCACCGACACCACCGGUGCCGGGGCGUUAAGUAACGGGGCUGGCCAGUUCGCCUGGCGGUCGCCCGAUCCGGCUUUCCAGACAAAUGUCGAGGUCUUCACCACCUCUGGCUGGCAGGCCAAGACCCAGGCCAACUCACGCAGCUUCUCGGUCACUAAUGCAUUCUCAGCGGACUGGCAGUACUCCGACGCCCUAAAUGCAUUCAUCAUUGCCCAAGACAACGCCCCGGGGCAGACCACGCUGACGUUCCUCGAUCCGUAUGACCUUGCCAGCCAGAAGUACUCACAGGUGAACAUUCCCGGUCAGUGGUCGGAGGGACCUGGCAUCGUCUCCCGCCCAGACAAACACUCCGUCGUCUCGCUGACCAACGAUUGUGGACGGAUCCCCAUCGACGUGAUUCGUUCCACUACGGGGCCUCCGCCGCGACAGUUGGGUCAUAUCGGUAUGGACCUGCUUAGCGACACGGGCUGCGCAUCGAUGCCGUCCAGCCAGAUCGCCGCAAUCUAUGAGGGAUACGGAUUACAGGCCUCUGGCCUGCCAGCCGCCGUCGUAGUGAGCGGCCUACGGCUACAGAUCCAGGACGCCGCCGCCUACACCGACCUUACCCACAAUGCGAUCAGCGUCCCCUCGUCGAUCUACUAUGCCGUGCCGUUCGGCACCAGCCGACUAGCCCGACUGAUCGCCAAGACCGCCCGGCCCGCGCAGUGCGACACCUGUUGGGAUUAUCACUCCCGCUACGCCUGCGACCGAAAACAAGCCUGCCGACGAUGCGGCGGGAAAGACCAUCGCGAUAACGACUGCAAGCAGCCGGAGAGGUGCGCGAACUGUUCCGGGCCCUUCCCGGCAGACCAUAAGGAGUGCCCUGCCAGACCCAGGCGCUCUCACGGCCAACUCGUGCGGCUCUCCAAGAUCGAGAAGUACGCCGUAAGGAAGAUCGGCUCUCAGCUAUACCGGCAAGCCAAUAUGGAGCUCGAACGGGCCACGGCGACCGCCUCCCCCCAACCCUCCCAAGGACCGACCCCAUCGCCCUGCAUGAGAGCUGCCGAGGCCCGCCUAGGCAAGCAACAGGACCAGCAGCAGCAACAGCAGCAGCAACAGCAGCAGCAAUGUCGACCCCAGCGGCUGUCCCCCACCAGCGCGCAGGCGCCAGACUCCACAACGCUCCCUCCACCACAGGAAGACAGAUCCGAGAGGACGAUCCGAGUUCUCCAGGCCAACGUGGCCAAAAUAGGGGCCUAUCAUAGCAUAGCCCUACGACUAGCGGAAGCAGAAGACUACGACGUCGUGCUCAUCCAGGAACCGAACGUUUGGAUAGAAAAAGAAGGCGGAGCCUGCAGGACCCAGACGCACCGCUCCUUCCACGCAUUCGCCCCAGAACGCGCCUGGGAACCGGAUCAGGCCCCGAGAGUGAUCUCGUAUGUCCGGAACCACCCAGAUAUACGGGCAGAGCAACUCUGCCCCGCCCCUACGCGUGAUAUCCUGUGGCUCCGGGUAAACAGCACCCUUAUUAUCAACUUCUAUCGACACGCGAAGACACCCGAGCCACUCGACUACCUCCUCCACCAGCAGGACGUCCCCGAGAGAUGCCUCAUCGCGGGCGACUUCAACGCCUGUCAUUUCUCCUGGCAGCCUGGAGCCCGGAGUGCGAGGAACGGAAAGGACAUCGCCCAGUGGGCGGCCGACAAGGGGCUCGGACUGCUCACCACGCCAGGCGAGGCCACACACGCCCGCGGAAAUACCAUUGAUCUAGCCUUUGCCAAUAUCCCCUCUGCUGACGCGCUUAUCGAAGAGCACCUUCAUACCGGCUCGGACCAUUACACGAUCAGCAUUACGCUCCCCGGCGGGAUUCCCCCCCCAAGGACGAUAGCUAGACCAAGGGUAAGCUCCGAGGAAGAAAUGAAGCGAUUCGAGGAACUUGUGCGGGCUGGGGCCACAGCACUACCCCGGCUGGCCGUUGAGCCCAGAGGCCUGGAGAGGCUGGCCGAGGCGCUGUCUCGCCUACUCCAAGAGGCGGCCGACGCAGCGGGCCGACGGCCCAGGAAGAACGCGAGAGGCACCCCAUGGUGGAACGAUCAGUGCGCCGGUGCAGCGGCCGAACUAAGAGCUAUGCGGCGGAUCUACCCCACAGGGCACGGCAGAGAGGUCCAGACUGCCCGGCGGGAGCUGCGCCGGGCGAGGUGCUGGCCCCAGGAGGACUCUCGACUGCAGCGUCACGCUCGCGGAUGCGGCAUGCGCCUGCACCUCUACGGGCAACACCUCCCGGGGAUCGACGGCAUCACGGUCCGAAUGCUGCGUCGCGUCUGGAACCACAUCGGCGAGGCGGGCGCCUUUGACACGGUUCUGCGGAACCGGCUCCUCCUACGCCUACGGGAACAGGGCUGGCCAACAAACCUGGGCCCCGGCCUCCCGAUUCUCUUCCUCCUCUAUACAGUGCCCAUCUACUCGACAGGGGAACCGAACUCGCGCUUCGGCUACGCAGAUGACGUGGCCACCCUGAUCCGGGAAAAGGAGCCACAGCAGGACCUGCGCUGGCUCGGCGUCUGGUACGACAGAAAGCUCUCAUUCCGCACGCAUGUGGAGAAGUGGGCCGCGAAGGCGAUGACGGCCGCAGGGUUCCUCCAGAACCUCUCAAACACCCGGCGCGGAAUCCCUCCCCGGUCGACACGGCAUGCGGUCACGGCCUGCGUCCUCCCGAUCCUUUAUACGGCGCCCAUGUAUGUUCCGUCGCGGAUCACCUACCUGAAGAAUAGGAUCCAGCUGACCUUAAACGUCGCGAUGCGCGCCAUCGCGCCCGUCUGGUGUACCAUGCCCAUUGUGGCCCUCCACCGAGAGACCGGGAUCCCCCCUGCCACGCUGCUCCUCGCAGACGCUCAGAGACGCGCCGCGCUAAUGAAGAGGCACGCACCCCCUCAGCCCGACCCGACAGGGGGCGUAGACAAAACGCAGGCGGCGAGAGACUUCAACUCGUGGCUCCGGGUAUGCCCUGAAGAUACCCUCAUCGUCUACACUGACGGCUCGCAGAGCGAAGACGGCGCCUGCGGGUAUGGGUACUCAGUGUGGCUAGGCCCCAGCGAAGUGACCUACGGCAGCGGUCGGGUCCUACUCGCUGAGGUCUACGACGCAGAGGUGGAAGGCGCCCUCGAGGGGCUUCGAGCGGCACUCACGUGGUCCCCCAGGACCCCGGACCAGCAGUGCCGGAUAGUCGUCUGCCUUGAUAACUCUGCGGCUAUAAGAGCCAUACGAGGCAGCCCAUCGAUCUCGUCGCAAGCGGCGGCGGAGAAGUUCGCUGAGGCCGCGGCUCGGCACGGAGACGUCAGGACGCGCUGGUGCCCCGGCCAUACGGGGAUCGCCGGCAACGAGCGGGCCGACCAGCUAGCAAAGGAGGGCUGCCGGGCCCUCGGCCCGGACAGGCCGCCGACGUACGCGAACAUCAAGAGACAGGCCAAGGCUGCGGCCAGGCGCGACUUCCAGGACUGGUGGGCCGCGGGGGCCCCGAGCAGCUACAAGAGCCUAGGGCUCAAGGCCUCGCUCGGGUGCCCCCCGGAGCUGCACACCAAACGACAGCACCUCCAUCACCUGCUCGCUGCGAGGAGCGGGCACGGGGACUUCGCCGACUACCACGAGAGGUUUAACCACGAAGAGGCCCGGAUCGAAUGCUCCUGCGGGAGGAGAAAAUCACCGACACACCCUUCUACUGCCGGAAGGUAG